UUUUACUGUAAAGAACUGCGACCCCUUCGUCCUGUGGAGGUCAGCGCGUUUCCGUCGUAAUAAUAAUAAUAAAAUGUCCCGUGUGGCUGCAUUCCUUUGAGCUGCCAGCAACUUCCCAAAUCAAAUGAUCUUUUUCUCAACUGACUGAGGCAGUGAGCAGCGCGUCCACUUAGGAUUUCUGCCCUUUCCACGAGCUCAUAGAGAUGCGCUAUUGCAGCACAAGGGGAGGCGUGCAGGGCUGGGGCUUCCAGCAGGUUCUGUUUUCCGGCUAUGCUCCAGAUGGGGGGAUGUUUAUGCCAGAGGCCUUGCCAGCCCUCUCUCCUGACACCCUCAAGUUGUGGACCUCUAUGUCCUACCCUGAGCUCGUUCUCGAAUUGUGCUCCUUGUUCAUCCCUCAUGAUGUUAUCCCUCACGAUGAUCUAAAAGAUUUGCUGUCGCAGGCCUUAUAUCACUUCUCGGUGCCAGGUGCUGUACGUCUGGUGCGACUAGAAGGGGGACUCUGUCUGCUGGAGCUCUUUCAUGGGGAGACUCUGGCUUUCAAGGACCUGGCCAUGAGGUGUACGGCUCACUUGUUACAAUACUUCUUGCGUAAAGAAAACAGGCGAGCCGUUGUUCUUGUAGGAACUUCAGGGGACACAGGUGGCUCUGCUAUCCGUAGUGUUUGUGGACUGCAGGGGCUUGAUGUAGUGGUGGUAUUCCCUCGGGGCCGCAUCACAUCUAUACAGGAGAGACAAAUGACAACCAGUUUGGAAGAUAAUGUUCAUGUCUUUGCAGCGGAUGGGAGCUCUGAUGAUAUUGAUGUCCCACUGCGUCGUCUCUUCGCGGAUCAGGACCUGGUGAAGCGUCAUGGACUGAUGAGUCUCAAUUCUGUUAACUGGGUCCGAAUCCUGGUGCAGCUUGCCCAUUUCCUGUAUGCAUACCUCCAACUGAGUGGCAUUGAACAAGUCAAGGGUCACGUGCUGCCCAGCCUCGAGGUGGUGGUGCCCACAGGUGGUGCUGGUAAUAUUGCAGCUGGCUGCAUUUUGAAACAGAUGGGUGUACCUCUGCGCCUGGUUGCCAUGGUAAAUCGCAAUGACACUGUGCACCGUGCGGUAGAAAGUGGUGACUUCUCUAUGGCUGACAGCGUCAAGAAGACCCUGGCCUCUGCCAUAGAUAUUCAGGACCCCUACAACAUGGAGCGGGUCUUCUGGCUGCUGUCUGGGGGAGACUCUGCACUGGUCAAAAGGCUCAUGGAAGAAUUUCAGGAUUCUCACAGGACUGUCUUGCCAGGUGCACUCCAUAAAAAGUUGUCCUCAGUACUGUCUGCAGGAUCAGUGACAGAUGAAGGGAUAGUUGAAACUAUGCAGAAGUGCUGGCAGGACAGCAGAUACCUGCUAUGUCCUCACACUGCUGUCGCAGUUUGGCAUCACUACCACUGUCCCCUACGCCCUGGGGAAAGCAGGUGUUGCAUAGCAACUGCAUCCCCCGUCAAAUUUCAAGAAGCGGUACACAGGGCAGGACUUACCCUCGAACUGCCGGAAGGAAUGCAACGUCUUAAGAAAAUGAGAACACGCUGUGCAAAGCUGGAAGAAGGCAUGGACUGGGAGUCCCAACUGAGAGAACGCAUAGAGCACAUUCGUUCUGUCCGAGAACGCGGAGAAUUAUAUUACAGUGCUUAAUUACUGUAUUUCCCAACCUGACCAUAUGGAAAAUGUUAUUGUGCUGUGAUCUUCUUACUCUUCAGAUUGUGUGAAAGUACAAUUCUUGUAGUGCAACAAAUGAGAAAGACAUAAUUGUACCACAUGCUGUAUCUUCUCCAACUCUUGAACAUUUUAUAAAUGCAUGCAUUUUAAAAAUGUUUUCAUAUGAAUCUUAAUAGUCAACAGUUUUGAAGUAAAAUUCUUACUACUUAGAUACGUUUUGUACAUUAUCCAGUGAAGGUUGGAAAGCCUAACUGCAGUAGGCCAAUGAAUAAAUAUUCAUGCCUUUAUUGUGCGCCUAAUGAAUUGCAUUAAAUUAAUGCCUGAUGCUUCAAAUAUACAUUUUUGUCUUUACAGUGAUCAUCUUUUUAAGCAGGUAAAAUGUUCUUUGUACA